UGUGUGUGUGUGUGUUUUUGUGUGGAAUUACUGGAUUGAAUUUUGAUAUGUUCAAGCUGAAUUCUGGAGUGAACUUUGAUCUGUUCAAGCUUCAGCUCCCAAACAGGAUUGUGAGAGUUCAUUUUCCGUAGUGCAACCAUUAUAUGUUUCAGGUCAACUGCUUUGUACUCUUCAAAAUGGCUAUAAAGAAUAACACCCCAAAAAUAUCCUUCAGUUUGCUUGCCCACAAACUUGCUUAUAGAGAAUUGAUACUGGCUUUUCUUCUCUUUGCCAAAAGUGGCUGGACUUCACUUGCAUCUGUAAUUUGGGAUGCUUGGCUGGGUUUCAUGUAGGGUUUGUCUAGAUUGGGGUAUGUUAUAUGUAGGUUGGGUUGACUUUUCAGGCAUGCUGUGAGAUUAGUAGAGCUUGGGGUUGCGAGGGAAGUAUAACCCUUCAGACAAAGUUUGGUACGCAGUGAAGUUUGGUUUUAUGAUGUUUAACAUUAUCUGGUGUACUCAACAAAAUGCGUUGGUAGAUACAUAUUCUUAGUACCUCAUCCAUGUCAUGGAAAUAUUAAAUGAGAUCCCUGCCAAGAAAACAAAGAGGCUAACUUCUGUUGUAUGGAAUCACUUUGAAAGAGUUAGAAAGGCAGAUGCACAAUAUGCCGUUUGUGUCCACUGCAAGAAGAAACUGAGUGGAUCCAGUAAUAGUGGUACAACUCAUUUAAGAAAUCAUCUGUUACGAUGUCUGAAGAGAUCGAAUUAUGAUGUUUCUCAAAUACUUUCUGCCAAGAGGAAGAGAAAGGAAACUAGUCAGAGUCCUCUUCGUCAAAGUAAUCUUGGUCUUACAACCACCUAUGAAGAAGGGAAAGUAAAAGAUGAAAUCCUCAGUCCUCUACCUCUUAAGUUCGAUCAGGAGCCAAAAAAAGAAGAACCAAAUCAGACUAUCAAUCUCGGAAGUGUUAAAUUUGAUCAAGAGCGUAGUCGGUUGGAUCUCGCUCGAAUGAUCAUGUUACAUGGUUAUCCUCUGGCCAUGGUGGACCAUGUAGGAUUCAAAAUAUUUGUCAAGAAUCUGCAGCCGAUGUUUGAGGUUAAUAAUAAUGGUGCCGUUGAACUAGACUGCAUGGCCAUCUACAGCAAGGAGAAACAGAAGGUAUACGAGGCCGUUCAUCAUUUGCAUGGUAGAAUUAACCUUGCUGUUGACAUGUGGGGUUCACCUGAGAGUUCUGAGUAUAUUUGCCUGACAGCUAAUUAUAUUGAUGAGGACUGGAGGCUACAGAAGAAGAUGCUUAAUUUCAUAUCAUUGGACCCAUCUCACACUGAUGACAUACUUUCAGAGGUUAUUAUUAAGAGUUUGACAGACUGGGCUAUUGACCGCAAGUUGUUUUCCAUGACAUUUGAUGAUUGUUCUGCCUAUGAAGUUAUGGUGUUCAGGAUAAAGGAUUGGCUAUCUCAAAAUAGACCACUUUUAAAGAAUGGCGAUCUAUUUGAUGUGCGAUGUGUUACACAUCUUUUGAAAUCCAUUGUUCAAGAAGUCAUGGAAUCAUGUCGGGAUGUGACCCAUAAGAUCCGAGAGAGUGUAAGGCAUGUUAAGAGCUCACAAACAGUACUCGGAAAAUUUAAUGAGAUUGCUCAACAAGUAGGUAUUAAUAGCGGUAGGCGUCUAGUUCUUGACUGUCCGAUGCAAUGGAAUUCAACGUACCUGAUGCUUGAAGCAGCAAUAGAGUACAAGGGUGCCUUUUGUCUUCUGCAAGAGCAUGAUGCAUCCUACACAAAGGCUUUAUCUGAGAUGGAGUGGGAAUGGGCUAGUUCUGUUGCAGGUUACAUUAAGUUUCUUCUUGAGUUUACUAAUAUAGUCAUAGGAAACAAAUAUCCAACUGCCAACAUAUUUUUCCCUGAGAUAUGUGAUAUGCACAUUCAAUUAAAUGAGUGGUGUAAGAGCCCAGAUGAGUUUCUGAGUUCUGUGGCCUUGAAGAUGAAGCUCAAGUUCGACGUCUAUUGGAGCAAGUGCAGCAUGGUUUUAGCCAUAGCAGCAAUUCUGGAUCCUCGUUUUAAAAUGAAGUUAGUUGAAUACUACUUCCAGCAGAUUUAUGGUAGUGCUGCACCUUGUCGUAUCAAAGAAGUUUCUGCUGGCCUCAGGGAACUUUUUAACGAGUACUCCAUGGCCUCUUCCUCACCUGAUGAAGACUCAGGUUUACCUGGUAGCUGCUUACCCAGUUCCAGCAAUAGCUCUCGAGAUAAACUUAAGGGCUUUGACAAGUUCCUAUUUGAAACCUCGCAAAGUCAGAGCAUGUCAUCCGAUCUAGAUAAGUAUCUGGAGGAGCCAGUCUUUCCACGUAAUUAUGAUUUCAGCAUACUGAAUUGGUGGAAAGUACACACACCAAGGUAUCCCAUCUUGUCUAUGAUGGCACGUGAUGUUCUUGGCAUUCCCGUGUCUACUCUAGGACCAGAGGUAGCAUUCAGCAAUGGCGGCAGAGUGCUCGAUCAGUAUCAUAGUUCGCUAAGUCCAGAUACCAGAGAAGCUUUGCUAUGUGGGCAAGAUUGGUUGAGAAUGGAACCAGAAGGAACCACCCUAACUCUGAGCAAUUCUCCCUUACCACUUCCGGUGGAAACAAGUUGACAUGCUCUAUGGUAUGAUCCAUAUCCUCAAUUUCUAGUCGCAGAUUGAGUUCUGAAAUUUCACUGAUCCUCUUACUUGUGAUUCAUGUGAAGUUCGAUAGACUGAGAAAAGCAGAUCGUGCUGACUCUUCCAGUUCUCCCAAAAGUAUAUUAUCCUUUUCCUUGCCGGUGUAGAUCUGUCAGGUGAACACCUAGCGUUGUCCGCCCUGUUUCUAUUUUGCUAAUCCAAAGGAUUGUUGCUUUAAAACUUUACGGGCAUUUGUUAGGGUGCUUGUGAAUCUUUGAUUGGAAAAGUAGAUAAAAAUGUUGAUUGCACCAUUCAUCUGUAUCAACUCCACCACUGAUUUCUUAAUCCUGGGAUGUACAAAUUACGCUGUAUAUCUUCUUGUUUCAUGUGGACUGGUUUUCUU